GCAAUUCGGAUAUGAUGUAACAACUGUUCUUAGUGCGGAAGUUGCAGCUUUGUUACAGAGUAGCUUUUACUCAAUCACAUUCACACCUUAAAGGUAUUAAACUUGUGAGAGGUCGCUCUUUUUUACCAAAUGGCUUACCCAGGAUACGGCGGAUAUGGGGGCCAGAUGCCAGGCAUGCCACCCCAAGGCAUGCCACCCCAAGGCAUGCCACCCCAAGGAAUGCCAGGAGGGCCCAUGGGAGGUCCCAUUCCUGUGAACAUGGGUGGGCCGAUGGGAGGUGCACCACCCCAGGGAGGAUAUACACCUCAUGGAGGCUAUCCAGGAACAUUUGGUGCCCAACCCCCAGCUGCAAAUGAUCCAAUGUGGGGAUACUUCACAGCCAUAGCAGGCCAGGAUGGUGAGAUUGAUGCAGAGGAGCUCCAGAGGUGUCUGACUCAGGCUGGUUUCACUGGCAGCUACAAUCCUUUCAGCCUGGAGACAUGCAGGAUCAUGAUUGGAAUGCUAGAUAGAGACUUCACAGGCAAGAUGGGUUUCAAUGAGUUUAAGGAGUUGUUCACAGCUCUCAAUGGCUGGAAGCAGAACUUCAUGAUGUUUGACCGGGACCGGAGUGGAACUGUAGAAUCUCAUGAGAUGACUCAGGCUCUCAGCAGUAUGGGAUACCGCAUCAGUCCCCAGGCCCUGAAUGCUAUUCUCAAGCGAUACAGCAAAGGGGGCAGGAUCUUCUUUGAUGACUACGUGGCCUGCUGCGUCAAACUGCGAGCUCUCACAGAGAACUUCAGGCGGAGAGAUGUCAUGCAGCAAGGAUCUGUCACCUUUCAAUAUGAUGAUUUUAUCCUGUGCACAAUAGCCGUCUAAGUGCUGCCGUCUGUCCCACACCACGAGGUCAGGCUGUUUGUGUGCCAAUCACAAACUAAUUCUGGAUUAUUGCCUCAAAGGAAUGCAAGGAAGGCCAGUAUACUAAGACUAAGCAGCCAUGAGCUCCAACCCACUGCUUGUAAUGCUCACUGUAAUGCCUAUUGUAAUGCUUUAAUUGUAUACACACAGGGAUAUGCUGAAGGUGUGCACACACAUUAUAAAUCAAGGGCAAUAUUUUAAAGCCUGCAAGUAGAUGGCUUUUAAAAUAAAGUCACAAAUAUUACAAUCUUAAUGUGUAAGCCAAAAAAAUAUGUAAUCUCCUAAAAUGUGCAUGUAGAGGCUUUAAAGAGUUUCCGUAGAAUGACUUUUUUGGAAAUGUCUUUUUAUAUAUAAAAUAAAGUGCAUUUUUUGUUUAGGAUGAUUUUUAAGAUAUUUUUAUUCUAUAACCAAACACUUGUUUUAACAGAAAUUGUAAGAUGUGCUAACAGCGUAUUCUGUUUCAACAGUUGUUUUAUAGAGGAACCUAUUUUGAAAAUCCUCCUAAAUAAUAGUGGCUUUAAAUUCUGUUCUGAUGUGCCAUUAAACUUUCUGAGUGUAAGCUCCUUGUAGUCCUUUAUAGAAUUAACAGGAAGUGCAUAAUAAGUCACCUUUGUUUCCUGUGUUGAUAAAUAUGUUCAUUUAACUUUUGACAUUGAAUUUUGGACAGUAAUGAAUUUUGACAGCUGCUGUUUUCACAUGUGCCCAAAAUGAUUUCUACAUCUGUUUUUAUACAUUUUUCAAAAACAGAUGCAUAUUAAUUUGAUAUUUACCUGACUUGCAUCCAGACUCCUGUACCUGUUAUUAAUGACCAUGUGAUUAAAAAAGUAGUACCGGAA